AUGGGUAACACAAUUGUGAUGAAGCUGCCACAACGAACGCCACUAUCUGGGUUACAUAUGGCCAGUCUCAUACAAGAGGCCGAAUUUCCCGAAGGGGUAGUCAAUGUGGUGGUCGGCUACCGUACAAAAGCAGGUCGAGCUUUGGUCACUCAUAAGGGCAUUAAUAGGAUGACUCCCAUCAGUAUCUCACGGAAACCUGAGGAGACAUCACAUAUUUCUGAGAAACUGGACGAUGCCGUUGAGCAAGCUCACUAUGGUAUGUUUUUCAAUAAAGGUCGACGCUACUCUGCUGGUUCACAAACGUUCGUCCAAUCAAAGAUUGAUGGCCAGCAAGUGGAGGAAAUUCUCCGACAUGUGGAGAGUGGGAAACGCGAUGGUGCCCACCUUGUAACAGGCAAGAAAAGUGGUACGAAAUGGGGUGAUCGUGGCCAUUACGUUUUGCCGGCAGUUUUUGCGAAAGUUGAUCAUCAUAUGGCCAUUGCAAAAGAAGAAGUUAUCGGACCUGUCAAAAAGCUGAUUCGUUUUGACUCGAUGGAAGAUCUGCUCAAAAAGUCCAGUACCUCACAGAAUCAUCCACCUGCGGCCGUGAUUACAAAGGACGCUGACAAAGCGAAACAUAUCGCCCAGAACACGGUGCCCGGGUCAAUAUGGGUGAACACUGAUUGCAGAAGUAGCGCUGGCAGUAUCAUGGGGACACAUAAGUACUUAGGUCAAAGACAUUCUCCCGCAGCGGCGACCGACGAGUCGGCAGCCGAUUCGAUAGGAUUCUCGGAUAGCAGUUUAUUGAGAAGAAGCACUCUCUGA